GAUAUUUUCGUCUGGGAGAUUGUGUUUGAAUUAAUAGCCAAAAGGAAAGGAAAAAUCUAACGAGAUGGGAGAUUACUGUAAUUGAAGCUGCAAACCAUCAAGCUCUGUAAGAAGAACUGGGGUUUUUUCUUCUGUUUAUCCAUCAAUGUUGUAUUUCGGUGAUGGAAGCUGAUGUAUCCAUUUACUUCGCAACCCUCAACGGAAUCAUCUUUCUUUCUUUCUACUGAGAUUUAGGAUUUUUUGGGGAUUUUUUUUAAAAAAAAUAUUUUUUUCGAUGAAGAUGAAUGGUGUGGUGGUAUUAUUGUUACGGCUUCUCUGUUUCUUGGGUGUUUGUUGGAUGGCACCAGCUAGUGUGGUGCUUAUUGGAAACAACGUUACUCUUUCUUUCGACGAUGUUGAAGCUAAAUUCGCUCCGCCAGUUAAAGGGCCGGGGAAAUGUGGGGUAUUAUAUUUGGCAAAUCCUCUUGAUGCGUGUUCGGAUUUGAGUAAUAAUGUUGAAAAGGUUUCCAAUAUUACCUCCCCUUUUGCGCUGAUUAUUAGAGGAGGAUGCAGUUUUGAUGACAAAGUAAGGAGAGUGCAAAAGGCAGGGUUCGAAGCCGCUAUUGUCUAUGACAAUGAUGAUGGUUUCUUGGUUACAAUGGUAGGGAAUGCUUCUGGCAUAAAGAUACAUGCUGUCUUUGUUUCCAAAGCUUCUGGUGAAAUACUAAAAAAGUAUGCUGGGUCUACUGAUGUUGAGCUAUGGCUAAGCCCUACUUUUGAAAACUCUGCAUGGUCAAUCAUGGCCAUAUCCUUUAUUUCUUUACUUGCCAUGUUGGCAGUGCUCGCGACUUGUUUCUUUGUACGCAGGCAUCACAUCAGACGAGAACGUCCUCGAUCUUCUCGAGUUCGUGAAUUCCAUGGAAUGAGCAAGCGUUUAGUAAAAGCAAUGCCUAGCUUGAUAUUCACUGCUGUUUUGGAUGAGAAUUCUACUUCAAGAACGUGUGCAAUAUGUCUUGAAGACUAUACUGUUGGAGAGAAGCUCAGAAUUCUUCCAUGUUGUCACAAGUUCCAUGCUUUCUGCAUUGAUUCUUGGCUGACAACACGGAGAACAUUUUGCCCUGUCUGCAAGGGUGACGCAAGAACCACAGCAGGUAGUUUAUCGGCAUCAGAAAGUACACCGUUGCUUUCAACGACCCCAAUCUCCGUGUCCUCUGCAUUACCAUCCGUUCUGUCAUUAGCAUCAUCGUCAUCCAUACAAAUUGCCCCAGCGGCAUGGGCAUCUCCACCGGCUUCUCAGACUCAUUCUCUUGCCAGCCAUCCAUAUAUUCAGCAAUCAAUUAGGUCCUGCCAUCAAUCUCCUUCCAUGAGCAUCUAUAACCGGAGCUCAGUGGACCUUAGGAAUGCAUCCUCUCAUAGAUCUCGUGGUUCUCAUUUGGUUUCGCCUACCUCAUUGAAUUACCCAUCCUUGUCACCACUUAAUCCAAGAUACAUGUCCCAAUAUAUUCCAAGCCUAAGCAAUGCAUCACCAAGCUUAGUCAGUUCUUCGGAUCACCAGCUGCAUCCUCUGCGUCAUAGUGGGUCAGCUGCUAGUUUUUCACCAUUUGCAUCAGCUCACUCGCUUCCUGAUUGUUAAUGAGGUAAGUAAAUCACGGGGUGAAUGCAAUUACAUAAUUCAGUUGUUCUUGAUACGGUGGAUUGUGUUGUGUUCUUAUCUAAUGUCGAGAAUUUAACUUGCCGAAUUUGUACAUUGUAGCAUAAAAGAUUUGUCAUUUGUUUUGGUUUCCCCAAAUGAUGAGGGUAUGUGUGCAAUGUGAGUAGAGGAUUGGAAACAUUGUUGUCAGUCUUGUGAAUAUAGUUUUGUAUGUUUUUCA